UUGGGAUAAAUUCGCCACCUGAAAUACGAAGAAGAUAACGCCACCCAAUCGGGUCUAUAUAACAUCAACCACAUCCCUGCCAAGAGGACCGCGGACUGAUAGACCAUAUUUCUAGAGAGCUGUGUUGGACCGUAUGCUAUAGUUUAGGUUUUUAUGCAACUUUAUUUACAGAAUAGUAUAAUUGAAAUUCUCUAGACUGUUGAGAACUACUACCGAUUUCAUUUAGACUUGCAUAUUAAUUGGAACAGUCUUUAGAUGAUGAUUCCACCUGGGGACUGUUUAUAUGCGGGAAGGAAGAGAAGGAAGCCCAUCCAAAAACAAAAACAGACAGCGGCCACCCAGAAGACCAAUCCGUCUAAGAGGCACCGUGACCGUUUGAAUACAGAGCUGGACAGGCUGGCCAGUCUCCUACCCUUCACCCUGGAUAUCAUCUCCAAACUGGACAAGCUCUCCGUGCUGCGCCUCGGUGUCAGCUACCUCCGGGUCAAGAGCUUCUUCCAAGCCAUCCAGGAGAAGCCAUGCAGAAAGCACAUCAGGAAGCCGCCUUUGAACCACCAGGAUACCAGGAAAGAGAGCCUGCCCAUUGGAACCCCGGGGACCAGCAUCAGCGUGGUAGAGAGUGACCUCUUACUGGAGUCCUUGACUGGUUUUGCCUUGGUGGUGGGCACAGAUGGGUUGAUAUUCUACGUCUCCACCUCCAUUGUUGACUACCUGGGCUUUCAUCAGACGGAUGUGAUGCAUCAGAAUGUAUUUGAUUAUAUACAUGUGGAGGAGCGGCAGGAGUUCAGAAGACAGCUCCACUGGGCCAUGAACCCCGGGCCCCAGGGGGCCUCCCUGGACCAGCACUCGGCCACAGUAACUGAUGAUGACUUUGUGAUGAGCAGUCUCUUUAACGCCCUGGAGCCUGACGGUGUUCCUCUAGAGCUCACCUCUUUCCUGACUCGCUGUUUCAUCGCCCGGGUCCGCUGCUUAUUGGACAGCACCUCAGGCUUUCUGAGCAUGCAGUUCCAGGGCAGCCUGAAGUUCCUGCAGGGCCAGAAGAAGAAGACAGAGUCCGGGGCACUGCUGCCCCCCCAGCUGGCCCUGUUCUGUGUGGCCGUUCCCCUCAUGAUACCCUCCAUCACAGAGCUGAAGAUGAAGAACAUGACGGCCAGGAGCAAGAACAAGGGCCCCGUCAUCACCACACUGGAUAAGCACAGCAGCACUACCAGAGAACCCUGCCACUACACCCCAUGGACACCCUUCUCCAAAGACGGCACCAGGUACAAGAACGACAGCUACUACACCCAGGAGGAGCCCCUGAACUUCUGCCUAUCCUCCAUGAGUGGUGGGCCCAAACCUCAGAGCAUGGAUCAUCCAUGGGACAUCCGCACAGGGUCCGCCAUGCGAAAGGGCCCCAGCGGCACCUACACACCAGGCAGACAAAGCAAGUACAAUCACCUGGGGAAGACUAGAUCCUACAGGAUGUCUCCAGGAUAUCACGCUAACAGACAGGACGCAUCUCAGAACAAGCUGUACGGAGGCCUCCACAGCCCUGAGGUGGAGAGCUACUGCGAAGAUGGCAUGAAGACAGACAACAGGUACAUGGGCGGCCAUCUUGACUGUUACAAUGGCAUGGUGUUGCCUGAGACGGCCAUAAAAACAGAGCAGGACUCUGACUCAGAAAACGUUUGCAAUAUCUACGGCUUGCCCCAAAAUAGAGCCUGGGUGGGGAACGAAAAGCGCUACAUGGGCUACUCAGAAGAACCACAGGUGAAGUCAGAGGCUGACUACUAUGAACAAUACACCACCUGCCAAAAGAACAAGACCAACAUGAGCCCAAUGCUCAAUGGACACCAUAAAUACUUAUAUACAGUGGGGAACAGGGCUCAGAAGGAUCACAGGAUACCACAUUCAGACUCUCUGUGUAGCAGUCAGGGAGAAAACUGUAUGGACAUCAGUGUAUAUGGCUACAUGGAGCAAGACAACAAACUGAACUACGAGUUCAGGAAUCACCUGGUCCACGCUAUAAAGAGGGAACCCAUGGACUCACCUCCAUGGUCUGACAGUGGCCAUGACAUUAGCCAAAUACCCAUGCAGAGAAAUAUGAUUCCCAACUCGUCAAUGAAUGCUAUUGUAUACAAACCAAACCCAUAUAUCUACAUGCAAUGAGCUCAAGGGACAAUCUUAAAAACCAUCUGGACUCCACCUUGCUUCUUUAUUGUAUUGAUUCUUAAAAUAGCAGGGUGGAUUUAUACUCAACUCAGGUAAUCAACAGUGUUACAAAGCAGAAAGAUAUGGAAGCAAUGGAGAGAUGUUUUAUAUGACACGAAUAUGAUAUGCAGAACCUACUGCAAUUCACAUUUACAUUUGUUUUUUAACACAUUUCAUAACUUCUCGUUUUUAAGCCAAGCCAUGUCACCCAUCAUGUCAAAUUAACUGUAUUUCUAUUCAAUGCAUUUUACAGCAAAUGGAACAGAAAAUACAUGCAUUGAUUAAUUAAAUUGGGGGCUCCUGAGUUGCGCAGCUGUCUAUGGCACUGCAUCGCAGUUCUAGAGGCAUCACUACAGACCCUGGUUCGAUCCCGGGCUGUAUCACAACCGGCUGUGAUUGAGAGUCCCAUAGGGUGGCGCACAAUUGUCACAGCGUAAUCCGGGUUAGGGGAGGGUUUGGCCGGGAUAGGCUGUCAUUGUAAAUAAGAAUUAGUUCUUAACUGACUUGCCUAGUUAAACAAAGGAUUAUAAAUAAAAAAUGUAAUGUAGUUUAUUUUUGAUUGAUUAUUCAGAUGAACAUAAAAAUCUUACUAAUUUCUUUGCAUUGAUUUAUAAUGUGAUUGAUGCUUCAAUGUCCAUUGAGUCAUGAACCUUUAUGAAUGAGGUACUGUAUCUUCAUUGUUUUUAUUCAUGACAGGUUGAAUUAAUGUAUUAUUUUAACAGUGAGUUUGUCAUUUUUGUCUCAUAAAACAUUGUUACAAAUGUAAAUUAAACAAAGCUUCACCUAACAGCCAUUUACAAACAUUAGUGUCUAAGAUGGUCUCUGAGCAUAAUAAUGUAAAAAUGUAUUACACAGAAAUACUGUUAAUUUAAGUUUCUGGUCCAAUGUAACAUUAUCUGUCAAUGUUUGUAAAAUUGUAGUACAUUCAAAAGAAAUGUUAGAAACUGUAUAACUCUGUUUUAUGAAUUCAAUGUGUUAUUAUACUUUGAAAAUCAAAAAAUAUUUGAAACUAUGACAUGUCCCAUUAUGUAUUCCAUAGCUGCAUGCAGCAGUCUCUACGGCAUUCUUUUAUGCCGUUAGUUUUUUAAAAGAAAGCUUUCCGAGCUCUUUCGCUUGCAUUUGUCUUUAUUUAAAACUAUUAUGCAAAUGUAAAUCAUGUAAUUCCAGACUUUUUUUUAACAACUGUUGGUAAUGCUUUUUAUUGUGUAUUUAUUGUAAGUACUUUACACUGAACAGGAGAGAAACAAAAGGUUUAUCGUAAUAUAUUGAACCAAUAAAUAAAUAGAACAACCUGCGUGUUGCACUGUAGGCACAUUUUACAGAAAGGAUUACAGGCAUACAAGUUUCAGAUAUCAAUUGAAUUCAAUAGGCAUCUAACAUGUUUUGUUAUUUAGCACAAUAAAAUCAUAAAACAAGUGCAGAUUAUUAUCUUAUUUAUUUGAACACUGAAAAUAUUAAUAAAAUGCUGGAUACAGAUCUCCAUACAAAAAGAAAGCUAUGAUAUUUAUGAAGAUUUAUUUUUCAAAUAAACACUACAUUUAGCGCUCAGGACAGUUGGGGAAUUAAAACCAAAUUGUUACGUUCCUACACAUUUUAGCCAAAGACGUUACAGUAUGAAGAUUGGCUAAAACUGCU